UCCAAACCUGACAGCACACAGACUUCUACUGCAACCGGGACAUUUUUAUAUGUGUAAAAUCAUUUCUGGGCGUCAUACUUGAUAAGCAAGUUUAGAGUGAGGGAAGCAGAUAUGUCACAGGAGAAGACUGGCUACCCUGUAAUGGGGGAGGACAAACCCCUUCACCAUAAUGUCUACGGGCCACUCCAGCCUGAUGCAUUUGGGAUGCCUCCACCGAACUACAGCCAGGGUCCAGGAGGACACUCUUAUCCAGCACCAGGAUCAUAUGGCCAGCCAGGUUUUCCCCAAGGGGCACCAGGGUUUGUUCCUGGACCGUACCCUCAGAUGCCCUUCCCACAAAUGCCAUACCCUCAAGGCCCAUAUCCACAGGGUCCUUAUCCUCAAGGGCCAUAUGCUCAGGGCCCCUACCAAGGGCCAGGGCAGCCUGCUUUUGAUGGAGAUGCCAAUGUUACCAUGGGCAGUCCGGGGUAUCAUAGUGGAGAUGGGCCUCCUUCAUAUUAUGACAAUGAUGAAUUUCCUAACUCAGGCUGGGAGGACAAGCCGAUCCGCCAAGCCUUUAUCAGGAAGGUGUUCAUGGUCUUGACCGUACAACUGAUGGUGACAUUCUCCUUCGUUGCCAUCUUCACCUUUGCAGAAGACGUCAAGCUAUUUGUACGACAAAAUCGGUGGACAUACUAUGUGUCCUAUGCAGUUUUCUUCGUGUCUCUCAUUGUGCUCAGCUGCUGUGGAGAAUUCCGACGCAAACACCCCUGGAAUCUGGUGGCCCUGUCUAUUCUGACUCUCAGCCUGUCCUACAUGGUGGGGAUGAUUGCCAGCUUCUAUGACACAGACACCGUCAUCAUAGCCGUGGGCAUCACUGCAGUAGUGUGCUUCAGUGUGGUGCUUUUCUCCCUUCAGAGCAAGUAUGACUUCACUUCCUGCCGGGGUGUGCUAUUUGUGUGCCUCAUCGUGCUCCUCCUUUUCUCCGUCCUUUGCAUCUUUAUCCGUCACAAGAUCCUGCACAUCGUCUAUGCCUCCCUGGGGGCUUUGCUCUUCACCUGUUUCCUGGCUGUAGACACUCAGCUUCUCCUAGGCAACAAGAAGCUGGCACUGAGCCCAGAAGAGUACAUCUUCGCUGCUCUGAACCUCUACACUGACAUCAUCAACAUCUUCGUUUAUCUCCUGGCCAUUGUGGGCCGCUCCCGGGAGUGAGCAAAAAUAGAUUAAUAAUAAGAACAAAACAAAAACUACACACAGUGAUUUUACAUUGCACUCGUUCUUUCAUCUUGUCUCUGUGUGUGUAGACCCUUUGUUCCAUACUUCCCUCAGGUUUAGCAGAUAUGCAGAAUGGUCAGACCGAUAGCCCUAUGCAUCCAGCAGGCCUGGCGUGGCUCACAGCAAAGGAAUAUUUAUAAAAUGUAUUUCUUUUGAAAAUCCAUUGUGUCACUCCUGUGGAUUUGGAAAAGGUACAGUGUAGUAUGACUCACCAAUCGUAUCUGAACAGCAUGAGCAGGCAUCUCUUUUCCCCUGACCCCUGCAAGCUUGGUACCGUGCCUGAUGAUAAUGCUAGCACUGCAUUAAUUGAGAGAAACAAAGGCAGGAAGUUAGCAGAGACGGUACUGAUCUAUUGUGUAGAGAAACAAAUCAUCAAAAUGGGAGGCUAAAUCAGUCAUUUCAUUUCUCUUUCUAUUCAUGCCGACCAGUACAUGUAGUGUUAAAGUCUGCAUGGUAAACUAAAACAGUGAAGAAAGGCAAAACUACUCUGAUCACUCCUCUAAUACCUGCUUAUUAUAUUGCUGUAAAUAUUCGUAUGAAGUUUCUCCACUCAGCUCAGAGCAUGUCCAUAUAAAUGGCUGUGGUGCAGCAUGGAGAAAUGUCCGAUAUCACCUUUUAGGAAGCAAACAUACAUUAAGCACUCCGUUAGAUGAUUCAUCACUUUAUUACUAAUUACAUACUACCACAACCUGUGUACAUGUAUUUAUACAUGAUGAUGAUAAUAUGAAACGGGUGGGGGGGGUUCCUUCAAAAUGAAGGAAAGUUUAGUUGUUUGUGUGUUAUGAUUUGAAAAGUGAGUAUUGAAAGUUCUAUUAGUAUUAUUUGAUAAAGUGAUUUAUUUCUCUUUUCCUCCCUGCAUUUUUGCUGAGUUAUGAAUUUUUUUUUUCCCCUCUCUUCAUGUUGCACAUUUGUGUUUCGUUAUUCAAACUAGCAUGAAAUGUUUGCAUACUGGAAUCAUUUUUUUCCUCAUGAAGGUUGAGGGGAUAUUCCACAGUGUUGCUUUGGUGUUAUUUAUAUAAACUAUUUAUUUAUUACAGGUUACUGUAGCCUACAGAACUGUGGAUGACGUGCUUGCAGUUCUUAUAGGGCUCUGUAGUGCAAACCUCUCUACCACAGGCCAGGUUAAUGUGGGAUAUUUAGGAUCAUUUACAGCUUAUCCAUCCUGUCAUGGAUGACCAAGGGCAAACUGUAUUCCUAGAUCAGCACUUAGUCUAGAAAGGUUGAUCAGUGUAAUGCAGCCUGUUUGCUUUGGAGCUUCUCAGUUGUGUUGUCCACUGCAUAUAAUACAAGUACAAUCUCUUUCAGAGUGGAAAACAUCAGCAAAUUGUUAAACUUACACUAAAGGACAAGAAGAUGUAAAAAAAAAAAAUUCUGUAAACAUGUACACAGAUGAAUAAUUUCCGAAUAUGCUUGCUUAAUGGCUAAUUCGUGGCUUGAAUGUUUUAACAAAAUGUCCUCUAUCUUGUCUCAGAGCAGUCACUUCUACGUAAUAUAUUACAUGUUACAGUUGCACGCGCCUUCCCUAGUUUGCAUGUAGAAAUCUCGCACACUGGAUUAUUUAAAGACGUUUAAAGAUAAUAUUCAGUUUUAAUGUACUGCGGCCCUGUUUUCUCAUUUGAUGAACAGUUUUUUGUGUUUGUAAUUAACUCAUGUUUAACUGUACUUGGCUUUGUAGUUCUCUUUGCACUGUACAUUUGCAUUAAACUGACUU